AUGGUGUUGGCCUUAGUUGCUCAUUUCAAUUGGUCUCUUCGGCAGUUGGAUGUCAAAAAUGCCUUUUUACAUGGCAUUUUGCAAGAUGAAGUCUAUAUGGUGCAACCUCCAGGUUUUGAAGACCCUACUUAUCCUAAUUUGGUUUGCAAACUCCAUAAAUCUCUCUAUGGUUUGAAACAAGCUCCCCGAGCCUGGAAUGAGCGAUUCACUGCAUUUCUUCCUCAGUUGGGGUUCACCACUACGUAUUCUAAUUCUUCUUUGUUUGUGAAGGCUGUUGGAUCCACAUUGGUUAUUUUGUUGCUCUAUGUGGAUGACAUUAUCAUCACUGGCAAUGACUCCCUGGCUAUUCAACAGGUUAUUCAGUCCUUGACUUCUGAAUUUGAUAUCAAAGACCUCGGUUCUUUGCACUAUUUUUUGGGUAUUCAAAUUUCUCGCACUGCAAAUGGGUUGUUUCUUUCACAGCACAAGUAUGUCCAUGAUCUAUUGGUUAAAACAGAAAUGGUUGACUCUAAGCCCUGUGAUACACCCUGCCUGCCUUAUCAUCGGCUUCUCAAAGAUGAUGGUGAACCGUAUAACAAUCCUACACAUUAUAGGAGUGUUGUGGGUGCUCUGCAAUACUUAACCUUUACCAGACCUGAUAUUGCCUUCUCUGUUCAUCAGGUGUGUCAGUUUAUGCAGUGUCCUAUGGUUUCCCACUAUACUGCAGUCAAACGGAUUCUUCGGUAUCUUAAGGGUACCAUGACAUAUGGCUUGUCUUAUUCCAGUUCUGCUUUAGAUAUUAAAGCUUUUAGUGAUGCUGAUUGGGUCGGGGAUCCCAAUGAUAGGCGUUCCACAACUGGGUUCGUUGUUUAUCUCGGAAGUAAUCCUAUUUCUUGGUCUUCUAAGAAGCAACAAACUGUCUCCAAAUCGUCCACAGAGGCAGAAUAUAGGGCCUUAUCUUCCACGGCUGCAGAGCUUGAUUGGAUUAAGCAACUCCUGAGUUUUUUGCAGAUUCCAAUAUCUUCUGUUCCUGUGUUGUUCUGUGAUAAUAUGUUCAACAUCAACGCACCAAGCAUAUCGAAGUUGAUGUUCACUUUGUUCGAGAACGCGUUGCUCAACAUCAGCUUCAUGUUCAGUUUGUAUCUUCCAAGGAACAGUUUGCAUACAUUUUGA